AUGAGUUCUUCAACCAUUCUGCGGAGCCUGACUCCCGCCAACAAGACCUACACGAAGGCAUUUCUCUUCAACGAGGCCCGCUGGUAUGAUGCUGUUGUGGUCGGCGCGGGCGGCGCAGGUCUAAGAGCUGCAUUCGGUUUGGCAGAGGCUGGUUUCAACACUGCUUGCGUUACAAAGCUUUUCCCCACACGAAGUCAUACAGUUGCUGCUCAGGGAGGCAUCAAUGCGGCCCUGGGGAACAUGCACGAGGAUGAUUGGAGAUGGCACAUGUACGACACCGUGAAGGGAUCCGACUGGCUGGGAGACCAAGAUGCCAUUCACUACAUGACGCGCGAAGCUCCCCGAUCGGUUAUCGAACUCGAAGGCUACGGGUGUCCAUUCUCACGAACAGAAGAUGGCCGGAUAUACCAGAGAGCCUUCGGCGGUCAAUCGCAGAAAUUCGGCAAAGGCGGACAGGCUUACCGAUGUUGCGCUGCCGCCGACAGAACUGGUCACGCCUUAUUGCACACCCUUUAUGGACAGUCUCUGCAUUACAACACUAACUACUUCAUCGAAUACUUUGCUUUGGAUUUGAUUAUGGAAGGCGGUGAAUGCAAAGGCAUUCUUGCAUACAACCAAGAAGAUGGCACUCUGCACAGAUUCAAGGCGAAGAACACCGUCUUGGCCACAGGUGGCUACGGCCGGGCCUACUUCAGCUGCACGUCUGCCCAUACUUGCACCGGUGACGGAAUGGCCAUGGUCGCUCGUGCCGGUCUGCCCAACCAGGAUCUUGAAUUCGUCCAGUUCCACCCUACUGGCAUCUACGGCGCCGGCUGUCUGAUCACGGAAGGUUCCCGAGGUGAAGGUGGCUACCUUCUCAACUCCGAAGGUGAACGCUUCAUGGAACGUUAUGCUCCUACAGCCAAGGAUUUGGCCUCUCGAGAUGUUGUUUCACGAUCAAUGACAAUGGAAAUCCGCGAAGGACGUGGCGUUGGUCCCGACAAGGAUCACAUUUACCUCCAGCUCAGCCACUUGCCCGCCGAAAUCCUCCACGAACGUCUCCCUGGUAUCUCUGAGACCGCCUCCAUCUUUGCUGGUGUCGAUGUCACCAAACAACCCAUUCCUGUCCUUCCAACUGUUCACUACAACAUGGGUGGUAUCCCGACCAAAUAUACCGGUGAAGUACUCACUGUCAACUCCAAGGGAGAAGAUGAGGUCGUUCCUGGGUUGUUUGCUUGUGGCGAGGCCGCCUGUGUGUCCGUCCACGGUGCCAAUAGAUUGGGUGCGAACUCGCUGCUCGACCUGAUUGUCUUCGGGCGUGCAGUGUCGCACACGAUUCGUGACAACUUCACUCCUGGCCAAACGCAGAAUGAGAUUGCAGCAGAUGCUGGUGCCGACUCGAUCAACGUUCUCGACCAGGUCCGUGAGGCGGAUGGCCCCAAGAGUACCUACGAUAUCCGAAGCGCCAUGCAAAAGGUCAUGCAGACCGACGUCAGCGUUUUCCGGACACAAGAGUCUUUGGACGAGGGUGUGAGAAGGAUCAACGAGGUUGACCAGAUGUUCGACCAGGUCGGUAUCAAGGACCGAAGCAUGAUCUGGAACUCCGACUUGGUGGAAACCUUGGAGCUGAGAAACUUGUUGACUUGCGCCACCCAAACCGCCGCGUCUGCCGCAAACCGUAAAGAAUCUCGUGGCGCUCAUGCUCGUGAGGACUACCCCGAACGUGAUGACGACAACUGGAUGAAGCACACGCUCUCUUGGCAGAAGUCACCUCAUGGAAAGGUCGAGCUCGGCUACAGAGCGGUUGUCGGCCACACGCUGGAUGAGAACGAAUGCAAAGCGGUGCCACCAUUCAAGAGAACGUAUUAA